AUGGACAAAGAGAAGAUCACGAGCUUCAUGCUCACCCUGGGGCUGAUGCAAGAUCAGGUAUCAGAUAUCCAUCAGCGUGUCCAGGCAAGCCAGAAUUACACGGAAGAGCUGCUGGGUGCCCUGUACCCGGCGAACGUCUUUUUGCCUGAGACUGCCGGUUACUCUUCCUGGAUCAACAAGUAUUUUGGUUCCCGGCCGCGCCUGAACGCAUCCGCAGUCUUCACCCCGGAGAGCACGGAGCAAGUAGCCUCCUGCGUGAAGAUCUUGGAAUUUUUCCAGAGGAAAUUUGCUAUCCGUGGUCUCGGAUUCACCACUCACCCUGGAAUGGCUGGUAUUGAGGACGGCGUGCUCAUUGCCUUGGAGAAGAUGAAUGACUUGAUACUCAGCUCGUCAGGUGAAGUCGUCAGUCUGGGCCCUGGCAACCACUGGGGCCGAGUCUAUGAAACUCUCGAAAGUCAAGGCCUCGCAGUCACUGGAGGAGAAAUGGCUGUCGUUGGCAUAGCUGGUCUCUUAACUGGAAAUGGUCUGUCCUACUUCCUCGGCAGCCGUGGUUGGUCCAGCGCCGACGUAACCAAUUUCGAGGUCGUUCUCGCCGGUGGAAACAUCGUCAACGCCAACGCCACAGAGAAUGCAGAUCUCUGGUGGGCUCUCAAGGGGGGCUCUAACAACUUUGGCAUCGUCACGCGUUUCGACAUGAACACUUUCCCUCUCCCGAACGGCGUAUUUCACGGACCGCUUUCAUACAACCCGAGUCAGGGGACCGCUGCCCUUGGAGCUUUCUAUGACAUGCAGACUGGGCCUCUCCUCGAGGAUCCACACCUCAUGGUCACUUGCAUGGAGAUGAUCAUACCUGCGAUCAACCUCUCCAUCAUCGACCUCAUUCCCUUUACGGACAAGCUCGACUUCACUGGUGACUAUCCGCCCGCCAUAAAGCCUCUGUUGGAUAUUGGACCGGUCGCGACGAACAUGUCCCGUAUGACACUCACGGCAUUGGCAUCGCAGAACAUUACCCCGGAGUUCAUGGGUGUUUACACGGCACGUAUCAACCGAGCAAACAUCAACAUCAAGGCAGACAAGGAAUUGUACAAGGAGAUUUCCGCGUUACUUUUCGCCCACUAUGAGUCCUCCACGUUGGAGGGACACACCAUCGCCAUGUCUUGGAACCCCAUCACUCCGUACACCAUCCGCGAAUCGAACAGAAAAGGUGGCAACCCAGGCGGCUGGCAGGAUAUCAACCAAAAUUCCCUCAACUUCAGAUCCAACUGGGACAAUCCUGCCGACGAUGCAGCUGCUCUUCAGAUGGAUGAAGAUUUCAUGGCCAAGAUGACGGAGAUGGCUCGCAAGCGAGAUGCUCUGAUGCCGAACCUGUGGAUAAACAACGCUGCGCAAAAUGUCGAUGUCAUCAGGAGCUAUGGGGAGGACAAUUUUCAGAAACUGAUAGCUGUGUCUGACAAGUAUGAUGCGGAGAAGACGUUCCAGCGGCUCUGCCCUGGAGGUUAUAAGCUUGGGGUCUGA